AUGGCACAGAGAGCAUAUAAUGUCUUUACCUCUUUUUACAUGGUUGUUAUUAUUCUUGGAAUUGUCGGAAAUAUCUUGAUCAUCAUCUCAAUAUUAAGAUAUGUAAGGCACGUUUUUAAAUUCGUGGGAAUAUACAUGAUGUUGAUCAUUGCAAUUCUUCGUUAUCACGCUGCUCUGCAUCCAUUAAAACAUAACAUCAGUCGUCGGAAAUUGACAGUUAUUUGCAGCUUAGGGUAUAUUCUUGGCUUGAUUUUGCAAUGUGGAACCAGUGUUCCCCGAUGUUUCCUACAGAAAACCGUUGUGGAUUACAUGAACAAAUACGUUUAUGCAUACGUGAUAUUGGUACUGUAUGUGGCUCCGACACUAUUCAUGGCCGUGCUGUAUUAUAAAGUAUAUCGAGCACUUGAAAAGCAAAACAAAUAUUUAAAAAAUUUAACACCGGGGAAAGAAAGCUUCAGCACCUCUUUUAAAAUCCUCAGGAUAAUUGAUAGUGAAGCAAUAUUGUUAGACAAUAUAUGGCUAACGUAUUUCGCUUUUAUUCUGCGAGCUGCUGGAACAGCUUCAGUAAAUCCCUUAAUAUACGGUAUAAUGGACCAAACUCUGCAGCCCUUUGUGAAAUGCUGUUCUAAGAAGAAAGAUGUUCAAAAGAUUCCUCGUGUUUAA